AUGUGGUCUUCCAAAAAGCUUCUCUUCCUGUUCUUUCUUUUUACUACUUUGUUUCAAUCAUCAUCUGCGGUAAAAAAGUCUUACAUAGUAUAUUUGGGAUCACAUGAGCAUGGAGGAGUUACGGAAGCCGAUUUUGACCGAGUUACCGAUACACAUCAUGAAUUCCUUCAAUCCUAUGUGGGAAGCCAUGAGAAAGCAAAAGAGGCAAUGAUAUAUUCAUACACAAAGAAUAUCAAUGGAUUUGCUGCUCUCUUGGAAGAGAAAGAAGCUGCUGAUAUUGCAGAGCAUCCAAACGUUGUGUCAGUGUUGUUAAACCGAGGAAGAAAGUUACACACUACACACUCAUGGGAAUUCAUGUCAAUGGAACACAAUGGUGUGGCUCCUUCUCAUUCCCUCUUUAGAAAAGCAAGAUACGGUGAAGAUGUUAUUAUUGGGAAUCUUGAUUCUGGUGUAUGGCCAGAAUCUCCAAGCUUUGGAGAUGAAGGGAUAGGGCCCAUUCCCUCAAGGUGGAAAGGAACUUGUCAGAAUGAUCACACAGGCUUCCGUUGCAACAGGAAGCUUAUAGGAGCAAGAUACUUCAAUAAAGGUUAUGCUACCUAUGCAGGGUCAGAGGUGGUACAAAACGGCACACUUGAUACUCCACGAGAUAAUAAAGGUCAUGGAUCUCACACACUAUCAACAUUAGGAGGGAACUUUGUUUCCGGAGCUAAUUUUGUUGGCUUAGGCAACGGAACUGCUAAAGGUGGCUCUCCCAAAGCAAGAGUUGCUGCUUACAAAGUCUGCUGGCCACCAAUUGAUGGCAGCGAAUGCUUUGAUGCUGAUAUCAUGGCAGCCUUUGAUAUGGCUAUUCAUGAUGGGGUUGAUGUUCUUUCCAUAUCUCUUGGAAGUCCUGCUGUUGAUUACUUUGAUGAUGCUCUUUCAAUUGCUGCAUUUCAUGCUGUUAAGAAAGGCAUCACUGUGUUGUGUUCAGCUGGAAAUUCUGGACCAACAUUUGGAACUGUUUCAAAUGUUGCACCUUGGAUAUUAACUGUUGCUGCAAGUACCUUAGAUAGAGAGUUUGAUACUGUUGUUCAACUCCAUAAUGGACAACACUUUAAGGGAGCUAGCCUUUCUACAGCUUUGCCAGAAAACAAGCUUUAUCCACUCAUUACUGCUGCUGAGGCAAAAUUGGCUGAAGCACCGGUUGAAAACGCUACUCUAUGUAUGAAUGGAACAAUUGACCCCGAGAAAGCAAGUGGCCGAAUAUUGGUUUGUCUUCGAGGUAUUAAUGGGAAAGUGGAAAAGAGUCUUGUUGCUUUGGAGGCUAAAGCAGUUGGAAUGAUUCUUUUUAACGAUCGGUCUCAUGGCAAUGAGCUUACUGAUGAUCCUCAUUUCCUACCUACAGCACAUAUUAUUUAUGAAGAUGGUGUUGCUGUCUUUGCCUACAUCAAUUCAACCAAGAAUCCACUAGGAUAUAUUCAUCCACCCACAACAAAGUUGAAAAUAAAACCUGCUCCAAGCAUGGCGGUCUUCUCCUCUAGAGGGCCUAACACAAUCACACCAGAGAUCCUCAAGCCAGAUGUAACCGCACCCGGUGUGAACAUUAUUGCUGCCUACUCAGGAGCGGUUAGUCCCACAAAAUUGGAUUCUGAUAAACGUAGGGUUCCUUUCAUGACAAUGUCUGGAACAUCCAUGUCAUGCCCUCAUGUGGCUGGAGUCGUUGGCCUUCUUAAGACUCUCCACCCCACCUGGAGUCCAUCAGCUAUUAAAUCUGCAAUCAUGACAACUGCUAGGACAAGGGACAACACUGUUAAACCUAUCGUUGAUGAUAUUAAUGUCAAGGCAACACCAUUUGACUACGGUUCUGGUCACAUAAGACCAAAUCGUGCCAUGGAUCCUGGUUUGGUGUAUGAGUUAAACAUCAAUGAUUACAUAAACUUUCUUUGUUUCUUAGGUUAUAACCAAACACAAAUUAGCAUGUUCUCCGGUACUAAUCAUCAUUGUGAUGGUAUAAACAUUCUGGAUUUCAACUAUCCUACAAUAACAAUACCUAUACUCUAUGGUUCAGUUACUUUGAGUCGGAAGCUGAAAAAUGUUGGACCACCAGGCACUUACACUGCAAGCCUCCGUGUACCUGCUGGACUUUCGAUAUCAGUGCAGCCUAAGAAGUUGAAAUUUGACAAAAUUGGUGAAGAGAAGAGUUUUAAUUUGACAAUUGAAGUUACUAGAUCAGGUGGGGCUACUGUAUUUGGAGGCCUAACUUGGUCAGAUGGCAAACACCAUGUUAGGAGUCCAAUUACAGUUGGAGGAGUUAAAGGUUAGAUUAGAUUUUUUUUAGGGAAAGUUAGAUUAGAAUUUUAUUAUGAGAUUUAGGUAUGCAUCA